GAACCUACAAACCAUUACACCCAUGAGGGAAAUACAUUUACCCAGGCACAUACUGGAGUAAGAUGAACCAGGAGCUUUUGCAUAGAACGUCACUGGAGAGCCAGAAGCUGAGUCUUAUGGGAGAGGUGUCCCACCUGAAACUGAAGCUGGCAGACAUGGAGGGAAGGCAGGGCCAUGGGGCUGAAAGGCAGCACAAAGCAGAGGGCUUACUGAAGGAGCUCAGGGUUCUAAAGGACAAAGUAGAGCACCUGGAGGAUCAGAAGCUACAGUAUGAGAAGAAACUCAAAGCAACAAAGGCAGAGAUCAGCAGCCUUCAGCAGCUUCUGCUCAGUAAGAACGCUGAGAUCGAGAGCUUGCAGUCUCAGCUGCUGGCCAGACCCUCUCUAUCCACUGAGAGCUCAGAGAGAGAGGAGAUGUACAGGAAGAGGCUAAACACCAAAUAUCAAGAACUGCAGAGGCUUAGGAGUGGAAUGAAAUCACUGACAGCUGCAAAUGAGGAAAAGGACCGGCGCAUUGAAGAGCUCACUCUGCUCCUGAAUCAGUGCAGGCAAUUCAGAGAGGUCACUCACACCACAGUGCAAGCUCCACCUGCUGUUCAUUCAUUGCCAAACAGCAGGACACAGUCAAGCAGCAGUGAGGAAGAAGAGCAGAGGCUGAUGAAGAAUACUGACUCUGCCAGUGCAAAGUCUGAGGAUGUAGAGUCUGAAAUUUCCAGAAACAGCUACUCCUCCCAGCAAAUAUCACUUUCACCAGCCCAGAAGGACAGUGACUCCAGAACAGAACUGCAGACUUUAUCAAGUAGCAUGGAUGACCUGACAAAUGAAAUUUCACAGAAGGGUGAUCUGCGUGACACCAGAAAUCAGACACUGCCUGUGAAUUCCUCCUUGUCAGAGCAAAAUGGGAUCAGAAACAGCGGCAGUGAAAUCCAGAGACAAAGGUCUCCAGAUGGAAGCGAAGAUGGAGACUCCAGCCAAAGAAACCAGGAGAAAGUAGAUGACAGCACUUCAAGCGAUAAUUUUCCUGUUCAUUCUGGGGCAAAUACACAGACUGGCCAGCGAGCUGUGGGCUCGGCAGAAUACAUGAAGAAUAACAGGAGCUUUAGGAGACUCUGGGGAAAACUUCGAAGAACCCAGUCUGGAGGGCUCCAGGCAGCCGAUCCAGAUGGCGGUCAGUUUAGAAGAGGGGGACUACGAGCUACAGCUGGACCCCGACUGACCAGGACCCCUGAAUCUUAUAACUCUGCACAUGAUAUGAAUAUCCCAUUCAGCCAGUGGACCAAGGAGCAGGUGUGUGGCUGGCUUGAGGACUAUGGACUGGGCCAGUAUGUCAAUCUCUCCAGACAGUGGGUUGAGAAUGGCCAGACACUGCUGUCUGCCACACCUCAGGACUUUGAGAAGGAGAUGGGUAUGAAGAAUCCACUGCACAGGAAGAAGCUGCAGCUCGCUUUGAGGGCAUUCACCACUAAAGUUAUGGAGAAGCCAUCAGAGCUGGACCACAUCUGGGUUACCCGCUGGUUGGAUGAUAUUGGUUUGCCUCAGUAUAAAGACCAGUUCCAUGAAGCUCGAGUAGAUGGUCGAAUGAUACAAUACCUCACAGUGAAUGACCUUUUAACUCUAAAGGUCACCAGCCAGCUUCAUCAUCUCAGUAUUAAAUGUGCCAUCCAUGUCCUUCAUGCCAACAAAUUCAACCCCAACUGUCUUCGACGUAGGCCAGGGGAAGAGAAACAACCCUCUCCCUCAGAGGUGGUGCAGUGGUCUAACCAUCGGGUGAUGGAGUGGCUAAGAGCAGUCGACCUAGCUGAGUAUGCCCCUAAUCUACGGGGCAGUGGCGUUCAUGGUGGGCUGAUUAUCCUGGAGCCUCGCUUCAGCUCAGAGACUUUGGCCUUGCUAUUAAAUAUUCCUCCUCAGAAAACUUUGCUCCGCCGCCACCUCACAACCGCCUUCUCUGCCCUGGUGGGGCAUCAGGCCAUGCAGGAAAAGCGAGAGUAUGGCAAUGCUACAGGCCAUGUUCCCCUCACUACCACAGCUAAAGUGAAGCCAAAGAAACUGGGCUUCACCCAAUUCAGUCACCUCAGAAAAAGAAAACCUGAUGAUUCUGCCGACUAUAUCUGCCCAAUCGACAGUGGCGCUCUGACAGUGAAUGGGGUUUCCCGAUUACCCCCUGCAGCACUCAGGGGACUCCGUUCCAGCUUGGACAGGCAGGCUGAGAGGCGGGAGCAGGUUGGAAUAAAAGCUCAGGCUCACAACACCAAACAAUAACUGGAAAACAUCAGCAGUCACACCAUACUCCUCUCUUACUAAGUGACUUUUGUUAAUCAGUCGAAAUUCUACUAUUCGUCCAUAUGGUGAUUUUCUGGACGGGCUGCAAAGAUGUUGUUUACCAACAAUUAACAUCACCUGCUAAUGUAACCAGAUCUUGAUUAAACAAUUUAAAAUUGUGGUGACAUUGUGUGAAAUGUUUUAUAAAAGCUGCUCUCUGCAUUCCUUAUACAGUUGGAUUCCAAAGUUUAUAUAUUUGCUUUCAAACAAUGCAUUUUUCUAAACCUUUUUGUAGUGAAAAUUAUGUAGCUUUAGAUCUUGUUAUAUAUCUGGAUUGACUGUGCAGUACAAGUGACUGCGCUGACUUUGAGCAUGGAUGCUUCUCUU